UUUAUACAUUUGUUAAACUUAGAUUUGGUAAACGUUAUACAGCCAUUUAUUUCUAAAUUUCUUUCCGUGUGAAACCUUGUAGUGAACCCUGUACUUUAUGAUUCAGAUUAGCUAUAAAACUGGCCACAAACGAAAUUAUUAACAUGCGAAAAUAAUUAUGACGUCAUCUUUAAUUGCAUAAUUUAAUGUCAUUUUCAAAUAGUUGUCAUUUUUGCUCGAUAAGCAUGUAAACAUAUGCCAUAAUUAGGUUUCUGUUUUCAGUAAGUCUGUACACUGGGAAAAAUUACCUCACCACUUAAAAAAUAACAUUUCAGAAGUUUAUAAUAAGAAUCAAUCGAUAAUUUGAACCAAUAAGAAAGCAUGGAGAUGCAAGACGCGUUGGCACAGAAAAUCGAAGAGUUAUUCCACAUGUGCGAUGCUGGAAACAAAGGCUACGUCACUCGAGAUGAUUUAUAUCGUUUGAAAGAUGAGCUUGGUUUGAACGAUAGCGAAGUCGAGCACGCGUUUGAUCAAUUAGAUACAGAUAAGGAUAAUUUCUUAACACUGGAAGAAUUUAUGACGGGCUUUGGUUUAUUCCUUGGUAUAGAAAAACCUCAACAGAAUCCUGAGAAUUCCAGUGAGAUGAAGCCUGACUUUGCCUUUCAAGUUUUUAAUUUGAUCGAUAAGGAAGAUAAAGGCCAUAUUACUAAGGACGAUUUGAUAGAAGCUGCUGGUACGUUAGAGAUUGACGUCUCGCAGAUUGACUAUAUUUACAGAAGACUUCGAGGAACCUCCUCCAUUAUUCAUUAUGAAGAUUUUGUUAAUAACAUUGGUUAUAUUGUUGCUCUGUCUGAACCAUUACAACAAGUCAAAGAGCUGGAAGAUGAAAGGAAUAAAGUUUUGGAUGAACGAGGCAUAAUAGGACGAGCAUUCAAAAUGGACAUCUCUGGAUACGAUGACGACGAGGUCGAGAAACUUCUACAUGAACAGGCUACCAGACUAUUCAAACUAUGCGACUGCGGCAAUAAGAACUAUAUCACAAGAGAAGACCUCCUGACGUUAUCAAACGAAUUAGAAUUACACGAAGACUUAAUAAACGAAGCAUACGAUCGUUUGGACAUUAAUAACAAUGGGUUUUUAACACUGCGAGAAUUUGUUACUGGAUUUGGGCUUUUUCUUGGACUAGAACGUGAAGAACGUAUUGAUUCAACAAUCUUAGAUGAAGAAUAUGUUAAUGCACGAAAUUUGUUUGACUUGUGUGACACUGAUAAGAAAGAAUAUGUAACAAAACUUGACUUGAGUCGGUUAAAUGACAAAUUAGGCUUGACAAGUCAACAAAUAGAGAAUAUAUUUACGAAUUUAGAUAAAGAUGGAAAUGGAUUUAUAACAUUUGAUGAAUUUUUACAAGGUUUCAGCAGUUCUGUGAUAAACAGUAAUACAAUUUUCCAUCAAGACUCCGGUAUAAGUAAUAACGAUGAUGAGGAGGAGGAGGAGGACAAUGGAUUCGAUGAGAAAUACUUUAUUGAUAGUCAUUCAAAAUCGAGCAAAAAUAUUUUAGAAAAGUCAGAAAGUGUGUCCAGUAACAGGUCCGAACGUAUGUUUGUCACGCGACAGAUGAGUAUACGGUAUGAGUCUGGAGUUAAUGGUAUUGAUGAUAUGUUGGACAAAGUUGAAGAUGAAAUCAGAGGAGCUAUUCCAAAAGACCAACUGCAAGAAUUGUGGGAUUCAGUGUCGAGUACUGGUGAUCAUACGACAACAAAAAUUUUUGAAGACUUUGUUAAAAAAGUUUACAAUGAAAUAAAGACUGCAAGACAGGAAGCCAAACAUCUGGAGAAUGUACUUGAGAGUAAGACCAUCACUCACAAUGCAGAAAUUAAACAGAUUUGUGAGGAUAUGGAAGCACAAAUGAUGAACGAAAAAGCGAAGCAAAAGGAAAUGGAAUCUCAAAAAGAAAUUUAUCUGCGGGAAGAUUUACGACAAGAGUUGCAGGAAAAAGAAAAACAUUUAGAAAAAUUUAUGCAAAGACAGAGCGCGCUUGAGUCACGCCUAAAAGAAGUUGUCGAAGAGGAACAGAGAUUAAAAGCUCAAAAUUCAAAUCUUUUGAAGGAAAAUGUACUGUUAGAGGACAAGUUAAACAGCUCUAUGUCGAAUUUAGAAUAUCUAAAAUCCAAUUUACAUCAUCUAGAAGAACAAACGAAACAAGAGAAGAAAGAAACACUGAAAGCUGCGUUUCAAGCUACUCAAGGUAUUCAAUAUGAACAUGAGAAUUUGAUAAAACAACUUGACAUGCUGAGAUCGGUGAACCAAAAGUUGCGAGAUGACAGAGAUACUAUAGAAGCUUCAUUAAAAUCUAAAGUUGUUCGUCUACCGAGCUUAAAAGAUGAAAUGGUUAAAGAAAAACAGAAGUUAUCUCGAACAGGAUCCAAUUUAGAUCACUAUUUUCCACUGAGGACAUCAACUUCUACACCAACCCAUAGUCCGUUAAAAAAACAAGGAUCCAUCUUAUCCAAUUACUUUGCACCAAUCGGUGAUCAUGUGCACUCGCCUAUACAAGAUAUGGACUCGCCCAACUUCAACGCACAUAGAGAGGGAACUCUGAAUGCGAUUGGAGAAAAUGAAGAAGACGUACAAUCACACGACCAGGAAUAUUUUAAUCGGACAUCAACGAACUACGAGACUGAAGAUAUUGAAGUAUUUGAGCAAGCUUCUCCUUCCAAAAUCCUAGAAACCACGACGAACUCUGCACACACGACUAUCGCUACUGAUCGAUCGGAGUUGUUGACAUCUGAAGUAUCUGACGUCUUGACUCCGUCGUCGCCAAGGCGACCACCGAUUGGCAUGAACAGGGAAGAUUCCAUCGCGUCUUCAGCACCCUCGUUAGACCUUCUGAAUGAUACUCCAAGUCGUGUUUAUAAGAUCGUAUUUGUCGGCGACAGUGGAGUCGGCAAGAGCAGUUUCAUCCAUCGGUUUUGUUUCGAUGACUUCAGAAUCAAUUUUACCGCCACUAUAGGCGUCGACUUUCAAGUGAAGACUAUCAAACUAAAUCGACAGGUUGUCGCUCUUCAAUUGUGGGAUACUGCGGGACAAGAAAGGUUUCGUAGUAUCACGAAGCAAUACUUCCGACGGGCUGACGGCGUCGUUGUGAUGUUCGAUCUUUCGUCGUGGUCAUCUUACACGAACGUAAAAGGAUGGAUGUUAAAUAUCGAGGAAGGAGCUGAACCUGAUUGCGUUGUCAUGCUGUUGGGCAAUAAAAAGGAUUUAGUAGAGAAGGAUGAAAGUCUUCGAAAAGUAAAAUCUAACACAGCAGAAAAAUUAGCUGCGGAUUAUAAUGCUUCGUACGCAGAAGUCAGCGCCUGUUCUGGAGUCGGUGUGCUGGAAGCGAUGCAAAAAAUGGCUAAGAAAAUGGAACAAAGUGAAGAUACCCUGUUGAAACACAGUGUGCUCAAUUUGAAUUUUGAUAGAGAAGAAAAGAAAAAGAAAAAGUGCUGUUAAUAAUAUUUAUUUUAAUUAUUUAACUCUCUUAUUUUUUCCAUAAUCUUUGCUUUAUGCCCUUGACAAUUUUUAGAGAAUUUUACUAAAUUUUUAACAUGGUAUUGCUUUUUUCGUCUUUCCUUUGCAUUUUCAAUAAAUAUGACAGAACCUUUCAAUAUUAUUGCGAGGCCAAAGACAGUCGAAACUGAUUUUCAACAAGUUCUUACACUAGAUGUAAUAUGGUAAUAUACCGUCACGAAUUCUCGUGAUUAAAAUUUCAUUUAAGAUUUAAGAUUGUGGGCGAGAUGAUGAAAUAAGGAUUUUGAAUGAGUUCUACUACUUUUAGUAGUGUAUUUUCGAAUCUUCGUGACGAAAAACCACUUUUUUUUUUGCACCUCGAUCAAAGACAAUUUUCUCCUGAUACUUGUUGUAGCAGAGCUUGUGUUAGUUUUUAUAAUAUGGCAAAGCGUUGCAUUUUAAAGGGUUUCAAAAUAGUUUCACGGUUUUAUGGUCGCGAUGUAUUCUUUUAAUAGAGUGUAAAUAUUGUAAUUUUGAUAAGGGUUUCAAAAACAUACCGUGUAAAUUUAGGGUGGAAUUUUUUGUAAAUAAUAUGCAAUGUACAACAUCA